CAGAGCAGUCCAAUGGGAGAGUGGAAGUGGAAAGCAAAAAUUAUUGGAACUUGCUUUUUGAUUCUUAUUUAAUUGGAAAAUUCUGAGCGGCAAGGAAGAGAAGAAACUUGUGAGACAGAUAGUCAAGUGUAGUAGUAAAGUAAAACCAAAUUAUUACAAAGUUGUAACUAACCAAAGAGAAAGAGGGAGGGGACAGAAGGUUCGGUUCCAGAUUUGGUGCCAAACCGCUAGUUUUGCCCAUUCUGCCAGCUAUGUAAUAUAAAAUAACGAGUUCAUUGAAUUGAAUUAGAUGUGUCUUGAGACUGCUUUCAUGACCUUGUUGCUCUCUCUCUUAGUUUUAAGAUUAGAUGAAGUGUUAGUGGUUGGCAAUUGAGCCAUAUUAGCGUUUUCUGUUCUGUAGGAUGAACUUGUGGUUGACCUUCCCCUCUUCUGGGUGGUGAGAACUGAGAAGUAUCGAUUAACAACUGGAUUGGUUGCGCCGUAUUCAGAGUGAUUCUUUUAAAUCAUCUUUCCUUUCUAGGAGGUGAGACCGGUUGGUGAGGAAAACAAACAUGCGAGAUGAAGGUUGCUCACAUGUUAAUUGAUUAUUUUGGUUGGUGCCAGUAGAAAUGGACUUUGUAGUUGUGCUGCUGCUAUUAGGUUGCUUGUGUUCUUUGGUCUUGCCAGAUCCGCAAGGAGAUGCACUAUAUGCAUUGAAGAUAUCAUUGAAUGCUUCAGCUCACCAGCUUACUGACUGGAAUCAAAAUCAAGUGAACCCUUGUACUUGGUCACGUGUUUACUGUGACACAAACAACAAUGUUGUUCAAGUGUCACUAGCGUUGAUGGGAUUCACAGGAUACUUGACCCCGAGAAUAGGAGUUCUAAAAUAUCUUUCAGCUCUUUCUUUGCAAGGGAAUGGCAUCAUUGGCGACAUACCAAAAGAGUUAGGAAAUCUGACAAGCUUGGUCAGGUUGGAUUUGGAAAACAACAGAUUAACUGGAGAAAUACCAUCUUCCCUUGGUAAUCUCAAAAAGCUUCAAUUCUUGACAUUGAGUCAAAACAAUCUCAGUGGGACUAUUCCUGAAUCUCUUGCCAGUCUUUCAAGCUUGAUCAAUGUUCUGCUAGAUUCAAAUAAUCUGAGUGGCCAAAUUCCAGAGCAGUUAUUUGAAGUACCUAAAUACAAUUUCACGGGAAAUAAGUUGAAUUGUGGUGUGAACUACCGUCAACCUUGUGCAUCAGAUAAUGCAGAUCAAGGUUCAUUACACAAACCAAAAAUUGGGAUCAUAGUUGGAAUUAUUAUAGGGUUAGUUGUUAUCCUUUUCCUUGGUGGUCUGCUGUCCUUUUGGUUGAAGCGUAGACACAAUGACUACAAGCGUGAAGUUUUUGUAGAUGUUGCAGGGGAAGUUGAUCGGCGAAUUGCAUUUGGUCAACUAAAAAGAUUUGCAUGGAGAGAACUACAGAUAGCUACAGACAACUUCAGUGAGAAAAAUGUUUUAGGACAGGGAGGCUUUGGAAAGGUUUAUAAAGGUGUUCUUGCUGAUAACACAAAAGUUGCUGUCAAAAGGUUAACGGAUUAUGAAAGUCCUGGGGGAGAUGCAGCUUUCCAGCGUGAAGUUGAGAUGAUAAGUGUAGCUGUGCAUAGGAACCUGUUACGGCUGAUUGGGUUUUGUACUACUCCAACGGAGCGCCUUUUAGUGUAUCCCUUCAUGCAGAACUUAAGUGUUGCUUAUCGACUACGAGAACUCAAACCUGGGGAACCUGUUUUGGAUUGGCCUACAAGAAAACGAGUGGCUCUGGGUACAGCCCGAGGGCUAGAAUAUCUUCAUGAGCAUUGCAACCCUAAGAUUAUUCAUCGGGACGUGAAGGCAGCUAAUGUAUUACUAGAUGAAGAUUUUGAGGCAGUUGUUGGUGACUUCGGUUUAGCAAAGUUAGUUGAUGUUCGAAAAACUAAUGUGACGACUCAAGUUCGUGGGACAAUGGGCCACAUAGCUCCAGAAUAUUUGUCCACUGGAAAGUCUUCAGAAAGGACUGAUGUUUUUGGUUAUGGGAUUAUGCUUUUGGAGCUUGUUACAGGUCAACGAGCGAUUGACUUUUCCCGUUUAGAAGAGGAAGACGAUGUGCUAUUACUUGAUCAUGUUAAGAAAUUAGAACGAGAGAAAAGAUUAGAUGCUAUUGUUGACCGCAACCUAAUUAAAAAUUACAACAUACAAGAAGUAGAAAUGAUGAUACAAGUUGCAUUACUCUGCACACAAGCAACGCCAGAAGACCGUCCCUUGAUGUCUGAGGUUGUAAGAAUGCUAGAAGGAGAAGGGUUGGCUGAAAGGUGGGAGGAGUGGCAGCAUGUAGAGGUCAAUCGGAGGCAAGAAUAUGAGAGAUUGCAGCGAAGAUUUGACUGGGGAGAAGAUUCAGUCUACAAUCAAGAUGCCAUUGAGUUGUCUGGAGGGAGAUGAGAGGAUCUGUAAAUUUGAAUCCUUUUAUGUAUCCCAAUAUCCUUUUUUGAUGGGUUAAGUCUGAAUAGAAAUGCAUUCUUUUUCUUGUUUUUCCAACUGUAAAAAAGGGGGUGGUGGAAUAGUUAUAAUUUCGAUUUUCCGACGGUUUGUGUGAACCUUUUUAAGUAAUACAGGAAUUCAUUGGAAAAAUAUGCUUGAUGAACUUUUAGUCGUGAU